AUGGCGUUUCUGCUGGCAAGGAGGGCCGGCCGGGCGGCGGCCCUGACGACAGCCGUGACGGGAGCCCAGGGCGCAGCCACCCGGACUCUGAAAGUCUCUUUGGCAGCUGAAGUUUGCAGGACUGGAAUUUGUUCCAAGGCUCCCCACAAGUAUAUUCCCAGGAGAGCUGUUCUCUACAUACCCGGAAAUGAUGAAAAGAAAAUAAAGAAAAUUCCAUCGCUGAAUGUAGAUUGUGCAGUACUGGACUGUGAGGAUGGUGUGGCGGUGAACAAAAAGACCGAAGCCCGACUGAAGGUGGUGAAAACCCUUGAAGAGUUUGAUUUCGGCCCAACUGAAAAGUGUGUGAGAAUUAAUUCAGUAUCCAGUGGCCUUGCAGAGUCAGAUCUAGAAGUCCUUCUUCAAUCCAGAACCCUGCCUUCUAGCGUGAUGUUGCCAAAGGUGGAAAAUCCUGAAGAAGUUAGAUGGUUCACAGACAAAUUUGUACACCACUUAAAAGGCCGAGUACUUGUAGAACCAAUGAAUUUAAUCCCUUUUGUGGAAACUGCAAUGGGUUUACUCAAUUUUAAGGCAAUCUGUGAAGAAACCUUAGAGAAAGGAUCCCAAGUCGGUCUUCAUUUAGACGCAGUAGUUUUUGGAGGCGAAGAUUUUCGGGCCAGCAUAGGUGCGACAAGUAGUAAAGAGACUCUGGAUAUCCUGUAUGCCCGGCAAAAGAUCAUCGUCACAGCCAAAGCCUUUGGCCUGCAAGCUAUAGAUCUUGUCUAUAUUGACUUCCAAGAUGAAGAUGGACUUCGCAGGCAGUCAAGGGAGGGAGCCUCCAUGGGUUUCACUGGUAAGCAGGUGAUUCAUCCUAACCAAAUUACUGUGGUCCAGGAAGAGUUCUCUCCAGCCACUGAAAAAAUUAAGUGGGCACAAGAACUGAUUUCGGCUUUUAACGAACACCAGCAAUUAGGAAAGGGAGCUUUUACUUUCCGCGGGAGUAUGAUAGACAUGCCGUUACUGAAGCAGGCACAGAACAUUGUUUCACUUGCCACAGCCAUCAAGAAGAAAUGAUCUCUUAAAUGAAGCUCUCACCAGGUGGGCCAGAUGUACAGUGGAUUUCAUCAGGAGGUAUUGGAAAGCUGAGGGAAAUUAUUGAAUAUGCCAGAAUUGAACCUAAUUCUUCUUUAGUUCACAUUGGUCAUCAUUUUUGUUAUCGUACCUGCCAGUUGUCCCAGCUAUUGGGAUCUAGAAGAUGGCCUUUUUCUCCAGCCCUCCAUCUGGCCAAUUCCCAAGUAUUUCCUAGAUGCUUUCACCCAUGAGGUUUCUGACUUCCCUGCUGGAUGGAGCUGUACGGAACAUUUGAAUUAUGGAAUGUCAUUGCCGAAAUUGUCCCUACCUUUCCCUGAUUGGAAUUGUUGGGCCUUAUUGUCGAUGUGCCUGAGGGAGGUGGAUAAGAUAUCUUGGACUAGGGCUUUGCCUGUCAUAUGUGUUCAAAGAGAGCUGUAUCCACUUCCCUAAUAAUGAAAUAAAAUUAUGAAGGAGACUUGAAAAA